CUCGAGGUUUAGUGUCUCAUCCUCCGAAAUGUUCGUUUAUACGCUCGCAUUAUUGGCGCUUGCGGUGUUCGUUACGCUCAAGUUCAUCUACUCCUAUUGGGAUCGGCAUGGAGUUCCGUCGCUGAAGCCAACGAUUCCUUUCGGAAACCUCAAAACGGUGGUUGAGAGGAAGGAGUCGUAUGGAGUGGCCAUCACUAACCUGUAUCACCAGUCGAUGGAGCGACUCGUCGGCGUGUAUCUGCUGUACCGACCAGCCCUGCUGAUCCGUGAUGCUCACCUUGCCAAGCGGAUUAUGGUGGCUGACUUUCAAUACUUUUACGAUCGUGGCAUCUACUGCGACGAACAACGGGAACCGUUGUCGGCUAAUCUGUUUGCCCUGCCCGGACAACAAUGGAAGAACCUACGGGCGAAGCUGACUCCGUCCUUCACCGCCGGUCAGCUGCGUGGUAUGCUGCCAACGUUUUUGGACGUUGCUGAUAAGCUGGUGCUGCACUUGACAUCGCUCGCCACCGAGAAGAAGAUCGUCAACAUGCGUGACUUGACGUCGCGCUACAUGCUCGACGUAAUAGCUUCGGUGUUUUUCGGGAUCGAGACGAACUGUCUCGACAAUCCAAACGAUCCGUUUCGUGAGGCACUGGAGGAGCUCAACUCUGGGAGCUUCAUGCAAAACAUACGCAUUGCCGGAAUGCUAGUGUGUCCCGGGCUGCUCAAGUUAACCCGAAUCAAUUCCCUGAGCCCGGUGAUGUCGAAGUUCGUGAUGCGCGUUAUCAGAGAGCAGUUUGAGCAACGUGAGCGGCAUGGCAUCGUGCGCAAGGAUUUCAUCCAGCUGUUGAGUGAGCUACGGCGAGAGGCAGGCAAUGAUAAGGCCGCGUCGCUCUCAAUUGAACAGUGUGCGGCCAACGUGUUCCUAUUCUAUGUCGCUGGUUCUGACACGUCUACCUCGGCCAUCACCUUCACUCUACAUGAGCUCACACAUAACCGACAGGCGAUGGAGAAGGUCCAGCAGGAGAUCGACGAGAUGCUGGAGCGUAAUGACGGCAAAAUCACUUAUGAAAAUAUUCAAGAGCUGAAGUAUCUCGAUCUUUGCGUGAAGGAAACUCUCCGAAAGUACCCUGGACUACCCAUUCUAAAUCGUGAAUGCACGCAAGAUUAUCGAGUGCCAGAUAGUGAUAUAGUCAUUCGCAAGGGAACACAGAUCAUCAUACCGCUGCUUACAAUCAGUAUGGACGAGAAGUACUUCCCCGAUCCGGAGUUGUACUCUCCGGAGCGGUUCGAUGAAGAAGUGAGAAACUAUGACCCCGAUGCGUAUUAUCCGUUUGGGGUGGGACCAAAGAACUGCAUCGGAAUACGUCAGGGCAUUGUGCAGACUAAAAUUGGGCUCAUUACAAUGCUGUCAAGAUUCAAUUUCUAUUCUACGAUCCCAGCAAAGAUCAAAUUCGAAGCAGCAACCUUAAAUUCAGUUCCCGUGGGAGGCCUUCCAAUGGUGGUUGAACCUCGCUCAACGCCCUGGGCCUCUUGCUCCAUUGCCAUACUCCACUGCGCUUUCAGUUCCUGUUUCACUUUGCUACGUUCCUGGUUUAGUGUCUCAUCCUCCGAAAUGUUCGUUUAUGCGCUCGCAUUAUUGGCGCUUGCGGUGUUCGUUACGCUCAAGUUCAUCUACUCCUAUUGGGAUCGGCAUGGAGUUCCGUCGCUGAAGCCAACGAUUCCAUUCGGAAACCUCAAAACGGUGGUUGAGAGGAAGGAGUCGUAUGGAGUGGCCAUCACUAACCUGUAUCACCAGUCGAUGGAGCGACUCGUCGGCGUGUAUCUGCUGUACCGACCAGCGCUGCUGAUCCGUGAUGCUCACCUUGCCAAGCGGAUUAUGGUGGCUGACUUUCAAUACUUUUACGAUCGUGGCAUCUACUGCGACGAACAACGGGAACCGUUGUCGGCUAAUCUGUUUGCCCUGCCCGGACAACAAUGGAAGAACCUACGGGCGAAGCUGACUCCGUCCUUCACCGCCGGUCAGCUGCGUGGUAUGCUGCCAACGUUUUUGGACGUUGCUGAUAAGCUGGUGCUGCACUUGACAUCGCUCGCCACCGAGAAGAAGAUCGUCAACAUGCGUGACUUGACGUCGCGCUACAUGCUCGACGUAAUAGCUUCGGUGUUUUUCGGGAUCGAGACGAACUGUCUCGAUAAUCCAAACGAUCCGUUCCGUGAGGCACUGGAGGAGCUCAACUCUGGGAGCUUCAUGCAAAACAUACGCAUUGCCGGAAUGCUAGUGUGUCCCGGGCUGCUCAAGUUAACCCGAAUCAAUUCCCUGAGCCCGGUGAUGUCGAAGUUCGUAAUGCGCGUUAUCAGAGAGCAGUUUGAGCAACGUGAGCGGCAUGGCAUCGUGCGCAAGGAUUUCAUCCAGCUGUUGAGUGAGCUACGGCGAGAGGCAGGCAAUGAUAAGGCCGCGUCGCUCUCAAUUGAACAGUGUGCGGCCAACGUGUUCCUAUUCUAUGUCGCUGGCUCUGACACGUCUACCUCUGCCAUCACCUUCACUCUACAUGAGCUCACACAUAACCGACAGGCGAUGGACAAGGUCCAGCAGGAGAUCGACGAGAUGCUGGAGCGAAAUGACGGCAAAAUCACUUAUGAAAAUAUUCAAGAGCUGAAGUAUCUCGAUCUUUGCGUGAAAGAAACUCUCCGAAAGUACCCUGGACUACCCAUUCUAAAUCGUGAAUGCACGCAAGAUUAUCGAGUGCCAGAUAGUGAUAUAGUCAUUCGCAAGGGAACACAGAUCAUCAUACCGCUGCUUACAAUCAGUAUGGACGAGAAGUACUUCCCCGAUCCGGAGUUGUACUCUCCGGAGCGGUUCGAUGAAGAAGUGAGAAACUAUGACCCCGAUGCGUAUUAUCCGUUUGGGGUGGGACCAAAGAACUGCAUCGGAAUACGUCAGGGCAUUGUGCAGACUAAAAUUGGGCUCAUUACAAUGCUGUCAAGAUUCAAUUUCUAUUCUACGAUCCCAGCAAAGAUCAAAUUCAAAGCAGCAACCAUAAAUUCAGUUCCCGAGGGAGGCCUUCCAAUGAUGGUUGAACCUCGCUCAACUCCCUGGGCCUCUUGCUCGUAAAGAAACAUAGCGUCAAUUUAGGCCAAAACUGACGCUGCUGUUCUAGUUUUAAGAUGAAAUUUAAUUAUUGCUGGCUCCACUUUAAUACCAUGUUCUUCCUGCUAUCAUAUGAGAGAUGGCAGACAUCAAUUGAGCAGCCAGUGGUGUUGAAAGAUGCAAUAAAGAUUUAUAAACAAUGUA